AUGUGCUCUAUUUUAUAUAUCAAUAUUGAAUCUUCUUCAGAAAAGGACGAAGAUCAGUCAGCAUUAGAUGAAGAAAAAGAACCAUUAAAUACCGACAGUGACGUGAAUAAUGUUGACAUUGAAAUAGCUCACGAGGCAGACGAACCCGAGAAGUCCGAGAGAAGCGCUGCACGUGACAAAGUUCAAGACAAACCGGAAACGGCUGGUUUAUUUUCUUUCCUACAAAUACUUACUGCGGUGUUUGGAUCUUUUGCUCACGGAGGAAAUGAUGUAAGGUGGGUUAAGUUUGAGUCUUUUCUGGUAAUGUUCUGA